AUGUGCAGAGGAAGAGAAGAGGAGGAGAGAAAGCAUGAUGACUCGUCUGAGGAUGAGUCGUGCUUGACAGACGAGGAGUGUGCGUGCAAGGAUAACCACCAUCAUGGCUCCCAAUUCUCACCAUCACCCUCAGUUUCUUGUGAGCUUUGUGAUUCAGAAGCCUCUGUCUACUGUCAAGCCGACGACGCUUUUCUAUGUGAAAAAUGUGAUACAAGGGUUCAUGCUGCUAAUUUCCUAGCUCAGAGACAUAUUAGAUGCUUUCUCUGCACUAAUUGUCGCUCUCUCACCCACCGAUACCUCAUUGGACUUUCUGCUCAGGUGCUACUUCCCACCAUUCUUUGUAAAAAGGAGAAUAUCGAAAACCAGUCUUCUGAUAACGAAUCAGAUGCUGUGGAACCCAACCAUUCCAAUCAGCUUAUCAGACCCUUCUUGUUUCUCUGA